AGUCGGUCCGCGCGCGUCACACUCCCGGAGGGCUUCCAGGGUCACACACAUACCGCCGAGCAGAUGGCUACCGGAGCAACAUGAGGCGCUGAACAGCCUGCGACUGCCUUGCUGGUUUCUUGGUUUUGAUUUUUUUUUUCUUCUUCAAAAUGGAGGAAGAGUUUCAAGAUAUCGAUUCAUCGGCGGGAUGGCAAAACCUUUACAAUGAGAUCCGCAACCUGGCCAGUGAACAUCCAUACAAAGUGGCCAAACUCCCAGAGAACAAAAAUCUGAACCGCUACAGAGAUGUCAGCCCUUAUGAUCACAGUCGGGUGACACUUAAAGACUCAGAAAAUGACUACAUCAAUGCAAGUUUAGUCACAGAAGAAGAAGCCCAAAGAUCUUACAUCCUGUCUCAGGGGCCUUUGUGUUACACUUGUGGCCAUUUUUGGCUGAUGAUUUGGGAGCAACGCUCCAAAGCUGUCAUCAUGCUCAACAGAGUGAUAGAGAAAGGAUCUGAAAAGUGUGCCCAGUACUGGCCCACCAAAGAAGAGUCCCAGAUGUCGUUCACAGACACCGGCUUUGUUGUGAAACUGCUUUCAGAGGAGGACCAAUCCUAUUUUACUGUCAGGGUUCUGGAACUGCACAACACAAAGACUAUGGAGCGGAGAGAAAUCUAUCACUUUCACUACACCACAUGGCCUGACUUUGGGGUGCCCGAAUCUCCCGCCUCUUUCCUCAACUUCCUGUUUAAAGUGCGGGAAUCGGGCUCUCUGAGCACGGAUCAUGGGCCCCCAGUGGUGCACUGUAGCGCAGGAAUCGGACGCUCCGGGACGUUCGCCUUGGUGGAUACCUGCCUUGUCCUGAUGGACAAGAGGAAAAACCCGUCUUCAGUGGACAUUCAGAAGGUGCUACUAGACAUGAGGAAAUAUCGCAUGGGUCUGAUCCAGACUGCCGACCAGCUCCGCUUCUCCUACAUGGCUGUUAUUGAGGGAGCCAAGCUCAUUCUGAAGGAUGACUGUACAUCACAGGAAUCCAUGCUCAAAAACUUUUUGAAAAAAGAGCUGAAGCCAGAGCUGGCCCCUCCACCACCUCCUCCACGACCUAACCUCAACGACAACAGACCCAAUGGACCAUGUCUGGGCUCACUGACAGACACAGGAGACCGUUUUUCAACAAGCAAGUCUGAAGGCCAAGAUCACCAUCCAGCAGAUGGGGAUGUGCUUUUGAGGAAGCGACAUCGAGAGGAGAGGAUCGCAAGCACGGCCCAGAAGGUCCAGCAGAUAAAACAGAGACUGACCGACUCAGAGAAGAAACAAGAGAAGUGGCAGUCCUGGAAACCAGUGCUGCUCAAUGUUGGUGUGGGCGCAGCGGUGGUCGCUGGACUGCUGUGUUUUCUGUACUUUCAGUGAAAUGAUCUGGAUCAGCUAAAACUGACUUUUCCUUUGCACCAGUACCUGGGAUUAGGUACUAUUCCUAUGUAGAUGUAGAUGGCAUUAUGAGCAGAACUGAGGGUAUUUAUUUCUUCAGGUCAAAAUGCAGAAGCACUAGAUCAAAUGUGUGCGUGCGUGUGUGUGUGUGUGUGUAUGUGUGUGCACGUGCAAGAUCUCAGCAAAAAUGAUGACCUCUCAGGAUCCUGGUGCCAGCAUGUUGGUUUUCCUCCCUUCCCUGUUGACAAAUGUACUGUAUCAUAACAAAAUGUCUUUCUGGGAAUUUACUAGAGAUGCAGUACAAAACAGAACCAAAUCUGAAAGGAUUGUUUUUGCAUUUUUUGUUUGAAAUCCUCAAAUGUGCAUGGAUCUUCUGUGGACGUUUGACAUUUUCAUUUCCAAAUGAUCUGUGCUGGCCGUCCAUCCUAUUAAAAAUGUCAGGUCAACGCCUGUGCCAAGAGGUCGACUUUGGGAUUAUUGUUUAUUUUUAAAGUUUUGUUGUUUUUUUUUAGACAUUUAUACAUUUACAGGUUUCCUGAGCACCAUCUGUUCUUCCAUGUACAUUUUGCAGGGCAACUCAAUACGGCCAGAUUGAUUCUUUUGUGAGUAGUUACUCCUCUGGAACUGUCCUGCCAAACUUUUCCUGAAUGCUAUCUUUAACUUUAUGAGCAACUUCUGUCUUUAUUGUUUUUAUAUGACUAUUGGUUGUUGUGUACAGUAUACAAGCUGCCAGGCCCCUUUUCAUUUUUUACCCACUGGAUGGGUUUGUCUAAGUUCAAUACCCCCUCCAAUGUUUAUUCUGUUGUUGAGAAAAACCAAAGCUGACAGUUUUUUAAAGGUAACAAACUAUUCAGUGAUAAAGCCUUGUACUCUUAUCACGUGGAAUGUAUUAUCUCUUGAAUCUCUGAUACAACUCGCAACCAUGUUACAAAAUAGUAGUCAUAUUAUUUUUUAGUUUGUGUGUGUGAGACUCUUUAGUACCAUGAACUUGUUUUUCAUAUAACAGAGACUUGGCUAAAGCCAUAAUAGUUUAAUGUAGAAGUUGGAACAAAGCACCUUGGAUUAAAUGCAACCUUACAGAAGGAA